CAGGCCGUUAUGCCUCGUCAACGUCCUCCAUAGUGUCUCCGCAGUGUUGUGCAUCGGCCAGGGACGCACCUUCGUGCGCCCUAGCACGCCAGUGAGCCAGUGUUAAUGUGUAAAUGUUUCUGUGUGUAUAUAUUUUCUUCCCGAAUGACCGUGACUUUGUUUUAAGGGUGUAAAUAAUGAAAUUGUCAUGUAUUAACUAUCGUGUAAUAAUCUUGUAAUUCUUGUGAACGUGUCGCAGUGUCUGUAUGUAAGCGCGGCCUGGCGCUCAUCCGCGUCGCCGGCGCUCUCCCACGCCGGCCGAUUUCCCCUUCCUUCCCCGCAGCCCGCGCGCGACGGCCCGCGGGCGGGCGGGGAGAGCAGUUGGACCUAGGACUCGAGCAGCGGCGGACGUGCGCUUCGCUCCGCGCUGAUUGCGAGACGGGUUGUUGAGCUCACGGUCCGGCGACACCGCCACAGGACGAGCAUUUCGCAGCAGCCGUGCUGCCUACGACGUGCCGCCCACGCGAUUGGGUGUCCGAGCUGCGAGUACUGCAUGGCCAAGGCACUGUAUGACAACGUGGCAGAGUCGCCUGAUGAGCUGGCGUUCAGGCGUGGUGACCUGCUGACCGUUCUUGAGCAGAACACGGCAGGCAUCGAGGGUUGGUGGCUGUGCUCCCUGAGAGGUCGACAGGGAAUCUGCCCCGGGAACCGUCUGCGGCUGCUGGCGGGGGUGUACGACACCGGCCUCACGCUGCCGAGUGACACGCCUCCCGAGCUGAGCACGUUGCAGCGCCAGGGCAAGCGGCGCAGCUGGCACGUCCAGCCCAACAAGGUGCUGACACCCCACAGGUGUGGAGAUGUGUACCUCUACGACAUGCCGCCCGGCCAGGCACGUUACGACGUGCCUCCCACCACGCAUGUCUCCGUUGUUGACGGCACUGGGCGCGAUGGGAGUGGGGAGCAGUAUGACGUGCCGCGCGGCACACCGGUGCCGGCCAGCUACGACACUCCGCGGUCGUGGAGGGCCUCUCCAGUGCGGCACGACUCUACCGAAAGCUAUGAUGUGCCGCGACCUCUCGCACUGCUUCAACACCAGCAGCAGCUGACGCCCAGCAGUUCUGCUAGCUCUCUCACUGAGCUCUCGCUGUCUGGCUCCAACCGCUCCAGCCUAGCACUGACGACAGACUACGACGUGCCUCGCUCGCGCCAGCAGCCUACACAGCAACUGUAUGAUGUACCGGCGCCCAACCCCGCGCCCAAGGAGCUGCCCCUGGAGCUGGGCUCGGCCAUGGAGACCCUGGCACGCCUGCAGGCGGAGGCCACGGCCGCUGUGUCACGCCUGCUGGGCCACGCCGGGCCCCAGUGGCGCAGGCGCGAGCGUCUGGAGCCACGCCUGCUCGACCUGAAGCUGGCUGCCGUGCGCCUGAAGGCCUCCUUGCAUGAUCUGGCAGAGUUCGGGGAGGGCGCGCUGGGCAACGCAGGCCGUGCGCCAGACAAGGGCCUUGCGGGUAAGCUGCGCCCACUGACCCAGGCGCUGCGUGACGCCGACACGCUGGUUUGGGAGGCAGUGGCUGCGCUGGAUGCGGUGGACUGGGCGCUGGAUGUGCUGGCACGGGAUGAGGAGGAGGGGGGCACGGAUGCGCUGGACCGGCUGGUGGCGUGCGCGCGGGCGCUCACAGAGGACGUGCGCCAGUUGGCAUCCUUCAUCCAGGGCAACGGCACGCUGCUGUUCAAGCGGGGCUCUGGGACUCCGCCCGAGGGGGAGUGGCCUGAAGACUACGACUACGUGAACCUGGAAUCACGGGAGAACGUGGCGCGGCAGCAUGCGGAGAUCCUAGAGGCGCUACCUGACGAGCUGCGCAAGUCUUACUCUGCGGUGGUGCGUGAGGCAGAGAGCACAGCCGUGAUGGGGCAGCUGGACCCUGAUGACCGACAGGUGCUAGCCUUCUAUGCCACGCAGACCGUGACGCACGCGGCACACCUCACCCAUGCCAUAGACGCAUUCUUGCAGGCCGUUGAGCGCAACCAGCCCCCACGCAUCUUCCUCGCUCACAGCAAGUUUGUAGUGCUGGCCGCUCAUCGCUUGGUGCACAUCGGCGACACGGUGCACCGCAAUGUGGUGCGUGCAGAGCUACGGCAACGUGUGUUGGCGUGCGCCAACGCCCUGUCGGAGGCUCUGGCCCAGGCGGUGCAGAAGACGAAGCGUGCGGCACAGCAGUUCCCCAGCGUGACGGCCGUGCAGGAGAUGGUUGACUCGGUGGUGGACAUAUCACACCUGGCACGCGACCUCAAGGUCAGCCUGGUGCAAGCUGCCCAGCAGCCGUAACCGCUCUCGUGACCAAGCAUUCCAUUGUGUGGGGUGGUACUGUUGACUUACUAUACGUGUAGGCCAUUACUUUACAGUAUACUAGAUUGCUGAGAAUUUUUACCAAGAUACAUGUAUGUAUUGAGAUGUUUUUAUUGCAGAGAUCAUAAAGGUUGUAUGUAGAUAAGUUUUAGGUUUAAUACUAAAUGGCCCAUUCUUAGUGAAUUUUGAUCAAACUAAGGAGGUAAUAUCUUCUGAAAAAAUGUUCUUCCUUGCAGAGAGCCAAUUUGGCACAAGUCUGCGAAUAAUAUUGUGUUCGGACUAAUGUUUAAUCAGGUCUAAAGGAAGGACUACUAUUGUACUAAUUAACUAAUGGAUAAAGUACAUAGUGGAUGUAAUAAAAUAUAUAUAAAUAUUUCAAAUAUAUUUGUUAGGGGUGUACAGAUAUCAACAUUCCAAUUACUAAUUAACAAUUUUCAAACAAGUACAGCUAUGUAAAAACCUGAAAAAUGUUGUGUAAAAUCGAAGAAACAUUUACUGUUACAAAAAUACUGUUUUGAAAAAAGUUAUCUUAUUUCAGUUCAGCACAUAUCACUACGAACUAUUGAUUUAAGCUCAAAGCUAGCUGUUGGUGCGGAAUUGUAAGGUUAUAUUUAGUCUGGGAGUUGAUAAACCAGAUUACUUUAUGAUAAACGAAAGCUCAUUCCGAUCUCUAGGUCAGAUUUGAUAGUUCUGAAAAUAAGCGCCAAUGAUCUAUGUAGCUUUCUGCCACUCUUGUUCUGUCAACAUGUUUGUAAACAAACAUCAUGUGAUGCUUUCCAAGUUACAUUUGGGAAAUGGGUACCACUGGUACUACUAUUGAGACAAUACAUGGCUGAUAUUUGCAUAAAAAACUGCAUGUUGGGAGAUACUUGGAGCAUAGGCCGGACUGAUCACACUGCAACAAUCUCGUGAUCAUCCAGUAACUAGAAGAUUGCGAAAGAGGCCGAAAAUAUUUGUACGUAUUAUUUAUUUUCUCUUGCAUACCUCAAGCAUUACAUACUUUAGGAAUAAAAAUUGUCUUUAUUUUUAUUUUGGGGGCUAGCCAACUGCCAGUGCCAGUUAAAAGGAACUACGGCCUUCAAUUGUGAACUGCGAAUUGAGUUGAAUGUCUUUGUGGGUAAAACAGGCCAUGGUGCUUCAGCCACAGGUAUUACACAUGUAACUUCCAAACACCAUGUCAGGGAUGUUGCAGUAGUUUCACCAGCAAAGUAAGUGAUCCACUUAGAUAACGUUAGCCAUGUUUGUGUGUGUCCAUGAUACACUCGGUUUUAUCAAGUUGACGUGCAACUGAUAAUGUAAGUCUUACAGCUGAAGGGGGAAAAAAAAUUUAAUUUCUUACUUGAUGGUCAAAAUGUAUAACAUCCUGCCUUGUAGCGUGGUAUGAUAAACAUCUGCUAAAAAAAUAUGUUUUGUUGUAUGUACUAACCCAAAUAGUGCAUCUUGUUUCUAGCAAUUGUUCAAAAGAUAAACAAUUUUUCAAAUUUGCAUUAAGUGUAUAUUUUACUGUUCAAAUCUUAACCAAUGGCAAUGGUAAUUAGUAUUGCAAGAAUUGUGAUAAAGAAACUACCUAAACUCUGUUCAUUAAGUAAAUUUCCAUGUAAUUGUUUCUCUAUGUAUGUAUAAUUCUCCCUACAGCCUUGAGCGCCUAGUAUUAGAUUGUUGUUUCUUGUUUUGAACUACUUACUCUCUUCACCACAUAUCCACCAUUUAAUCUUCCAGAUAAUGUUUUUCAUUCCAGUUUACUCACGAUUGCCUUAGCUUUUGUUGAAGUUUGUUGUUGUCUUCAAUGCUCUAAUGGUGUUGUGGAAAUGAGUAAUUAUAUAACAUAAGAAAUUAUGUCCUUUUAAUUUUAGUUCUUUCAACUAAAUUGAUUUAAACUUUAAAAAAAUUUGUAAUACGUAGCAUCACAGUAGUAGCUAUAUAAAGGGGUGGGCCAAUUCAAUGCAAUAAUGAUUAUUAAUUGCAGCAGAACAGUCCCAAGUACUAAGAGAUCUGCGUGACCAGACUGUCUGGGUGGCAUCAUGAUAAACGCGAUGCUCGCUGGUGCUUCAGGUGUAGCAUUGCAGUUUCUUUGGAUACUAAUUAUUAGUUUAAAUUAAUUCAGUAGAUCCAACUGUUUUUUUUUACUUAAUAACAUGGUGUCUACCAACUCUAAAACAAGAGAAAUGGUGGGGUUUUGACGUGACCAGGGACUAAUCGGGGGGGGGGGGGGGGGGGGGGGACCGAAUUUCUUUUUGGGAAUGUUUUGGUGUGUUGGUAAUGUGUUCCCAUUACGGCAGGUGAGACUUAGUCUCAUAGUUUUUUUUUUGGCCAACAGUGAACGUCUUUGAGAUUGAACACAUGUUUCUGGAAUCACAGUAGCGCAGUGAUGCGACACGUAAGAUCAGAAAAAUGUGCAACAGAAAAAUAUCCAGAUGCAUGCCCGCACCUUCUCCCUUAGGGUUUUAACAGCCACAGGUGAUGGUUAACUUGACAGCUAAGGCAGUUUUGCCAUGUAUUUGAUUUUAAAAAUUUUAUGUGUGCCAGAGACAGCUGAACAUUAACUUGGUGCGAAAAAUGGCAUAUUUGGACAUACAGGGGUUGGGAGUCAGUCUGUUGGUCAAAAUCUCUAUUAUGACCCCUCUCUAUUAUCAGCCUAUUGCCAGGAACCACGAGAGUUCAUGACAUUGGGAUUUUACUUAUUAGUAUUUUGUGUAAAACAAAUUCUGAGACAGUUUGUGCGGCAAUUUGUUCGAAGUCUGCGAAUCAGUUUACUAGUGAAUGUUAAUAAGUAGCUUAGUUUUUGUUUCUACAACAUUAAUCUAAGUAUAUCAAUACAAAUACAUAAUCAUUAUCAAGGCUACUAAUGUUGCUUGUGGCUUUUGUGUUAUUGACAUUACAAAUCUUGUUUUCAAACCUUCACAUCAUCUUAACUCAAGUGAUGAUGUUUAUUAUAAAUGAAAGGUUACACCCGAUGCAUAUAUAGAUUUGCGAUGUUUUCAUAGAUCCGGCUAAUAUUAAAUAAAUGUACAUAUUUGCACAUGAAGAAAAAUGUUUAGUUUUGUUGUAUUUAUUUAUAUCAUGCUGAAUAGUUUGCCCAUCAUAAAUUUUUCAACACGGAAUGCAUUUUAUACGUGGCUUCAGGAAAGAAAAUGCAUUUAAUAAAAAUGUGUGUUUUGCAAUGAAAUGUAGCUUGAAAUAGAGUAAUAUUUAUGUGGGGUGGGUAUCAGCUGCGACAUUCUUUCUUUAGUGCACCUCAAGUUGCCCUAGCUGUCAACUACAUUUUGUGGUAGGUAACGAUGCUUUUAUCCAUGGUCGUAGUAUAGGGCUUUGUGACCGGAACAAGGGGCAGAGAAAAAACACUCCAUCGUCUUGUGUUGAAAUAUGGCCUGUUUACAAUGUAGUAUCUGUAGCGAAGUGUAAUUGCUACUUACUGUUAUUACAUGGAGCAUAUGCAAUGGUGGCAAUUAUACUUCGUAUAAAGUACCAGUAAGCAAUUCUCAGUGGUUGCAUGAAGAUCACAGAAUCCCAGAACGCCGAAAUAUUAUUGUGUUAAUAUAUUGUUUACAGAGUUUUAAACAAUCUUGCCGAGUUAAAAUUGUUGUAUAAAAGAAUAUACAAGUGUUUGUUGCAUAGAACACAGUGGUAGGAUGCACAAUAUCAGUGUGCUCUCUCCUUACAUAUAUGCUGAUCAUCUGAGAAUCAAGGCUAUACUUGGCCGUCUGUGACAAUUUCUUGGAUCCAGUGAUGUGACACAUUACUGGCGAUGGCCGUGGUGUAGUUUCUCAAAGGUUGAAAUGCUAUGUAAUUUAAAACGUGUCUUUUUAAAUUUGCUAAACAAAUUUUGGCUAUUUGUUUUCGUUUGGUGACUAGAUAGGGCUCAACUUAGCAUAUAUCACUAGGGGGUAUAAGGUCCCUAACAAUGAGCAUAUAAAAAAUGGCGAGUGACAUUGCAAGUUUCAAGCUGGAACCACUUCAUUUGACUGCGCAAAGUGAACAAGCGCUUUACAUGCACGUGUGACUGCAUCUGUGGGCCGGUCUGCUCGAACGCAACAAGUCAUAUUGAACACGCACGUGUAGAAACCUGUAAUUAAAAUAAAAUAGCAGUUUGCCCGCUGGCAUGCACGUUAUAUGCAACUGUUAAAUAUGUUGUGAGCAUGGGUGUUACUAGGAUUUUCUUCAGAGAGUGGGGGGCUUAUUAAUUCAAAUAAAUAAACAUGGAACGUAAUAGCUUGUGCAAAUAUAUUAGUACUAAUUAACAUAAUCUUUAAAAAAAAUUCAAAAUAGAAUAUUGUAACACUUAGAAUAACACAAAUUACGAUUUACAUUUUAAAAAAAAUGAAAUGUAAACCAUAAAUAACUAUGUUUCUGCUUCGGAAUGGUGUUGACUUCAUGAUGUUAUGUUACAAAUAAUCUUUGAACAGUUUUAAAAAAAUUACCAUUAGAUAUACUAACUAUACAGUCAAUUACUUGUUGUGGUAGUUAUUUUCAAGAUUUAAUGUAUCAUUGUGAAAUUUUGGUACUAAGUUGGAUGCGCCCACAAAUAAUCAAGCCUCUUUUUUACAAGCAGUUUUCCAAAAAAAAAGCACAGAUAGGCAAAACAUCUUGAUGGCAUCCAACUCAUGACUGGCCUGUGUAGUCUACACUGUGUUCUGUACGUCGAGUUUACAUAACAUCUCAACAGGUCGCAGGUCCCGUUUUCUAUACUUGUCUAUUGCAGGCUUAACUUCCACCUUACAAUUGAUCAAGAAAACUAAAAAAAAAUUAACAAAGGAAAUUGAAAAACAAAAAACUUAAAAAAGAACUGGGGAUUUCUAAAGUCUUAAGUUUGAUGGACACCAUGUAAUAAAUUGUGCAAUUGUUAUUGAUAGUAUUCACUAAGCUGUUACCAACUGGUUUGAAGUAAACAAAUAGUUGACUUUGGCAAGUGUGUGUACUGUAAUGUGGAGUGCCUUGGUGUGCUCAUCCAUUGAAGGGUGCCGAUCAAAUCUGGACCCACACCACUGUAUGAUGCUAGCACGAGCAGAUGUCUCAUUUCCUGUUUCAAUCUCAUUCGUCUUGCACUUUGGUCUGCUGUUUUCAGUGUUGCCUUCAUUGAGUACCGAGUCCCUCCCCCGUUUUUACUGCCCAUAACAUCUAGGCUUUUAUCUGCUUGUGUUGACUCACGUUGUCGCUCUGGCCGUUGAACCCAGCCUUCUGCAGCACCUGCGUUCAGGAGUCUCCUUGGAAGCAAGCAGUAGCAAAGUUGAAUCUCCAGUUAGGAGAGUUCUGUUAAAAUGGUGUAACACAAUUUGUAUUUAAACCUUUGUUAGAUUAUUUCUAGAGAUUUGGUGUAGUGACAAAGAUAAUAUUUGUUGCUGAAAAUUAAUUUUAGUAUUUGGUUCCUUAUUUUAAAAUGAGAAACUAUUCAAAUUUGCUGUCUUAUUAGGUUGUACUUUAUUUAAAGUUGGUAUUUAUUUUACUUUUGUUAAAUUAUGCUAAUAGAUUAUUAAAGACUUUUAUUGAAAUGACAGUUAUUGUUAAAACAAAGUACCUAAUAGUUUUAUAUUUGUGUUAGUAUUAUCUUUGUACCAUUGUCCAAUUUGAGACCUUUUAAUUGACAGUAUCCUGCAAGUCUAAAUGUAACUUGAAGUUCCUACACACAACGUAAGUAGGUUAACAAUAGUUAUACUAGUUUAGGUCUUAUUUUGCCUCUUCCAAGGUAUUAUGCAUUCAUGGACUAUGAAUUUGAGAGUUGCAUGUUCCUUUUGAAUCUAGAUUUCACAUUAAAUUUUAUAAGUGGUUCAAAUAGUUAAGUGUUUCAAGAAAAACAUAUAUCCAUGUUGAAAGCUGUGUGAAAUAACUUAAGUUUUUGUGACUGCCAAAUAUAUUGACAAUGAAAUAAAAACACAAAAGCCACAAAUUUUCAAUGUUUGAAUAUAACACAUUACCAACGAAACAGGUAAGACUUUCAUAGGUGAAUGGUCAGAUUACAUCACUGGUGGUUCAGAAUUUUAAUGUAGCGUAUUCUACUUUUUACCAAGGAUUUUUUUUUUUUUUUACUUUUAUUGAAAUACUGUGAUUUGGCAAAAGUUACUUUGUUACAUUUUUGUUUGCAGAACAAUUUUUUAUUUAUUUGUAUUUACCUAGUUGUAUACUACGUAAUGUAAUCUUGCCGCUAGUUAUGUGCAAUAUGAAGUGUUUGUGUGCGGUGGCAGGAUCUGCUCCAGCGCAAAGUGCGAGCUUGAGACUUGAUUGUUCCCACACGUGUUUGUGUGUGGUCGUGGAGAACUACUCAAGACUGCUGCGCCGAGUGAAUUUGAAAUGUAUUGCAGUGUCAUGAUUUAGUGUCCUUUGCAAGCCAAUAAAAUAAAUUUGCUCAAAAUAUUUAUGUAGAAUAUUUUAACUUUUUCGCUAGCAAGAGGCAGGUUUGGUGCUGUCAGUGUAACACUUGACUGUUUUUGUUAAACUGAAAAGACCUCACUGUAUUUCCGAUUACUGGACUGUUGAAAAUUAAGUCGAUCGCUACAGAGUGAUGUACAGGAGAACCUCUGUUCAGCUCUUCCUGAUUGUACGUUAUCUUUAAUUUCUGUUUGACUUCAAAUAAGGGUAGUGAUUUAAUUGUAUGAUUGUACUCCUGUUGUCUUGAAGUUAAGAAAGAUUGCUACCCAGUGUUACUUAGAGAUGGUCCUUGACUAGUGAACACACAAACUAUUAAUUAUUCCAAAUAUUAGUUGGCUGGUACGGAUUCAUUUUCUGGAUAUCAUUAAAGUUGUAAUGAUGUCCA